GAGGUGUCAAGUUCUCUGACAUCAACAUCACCACCAUCAGCCACCAAACAUCAUCUCCCAGUAUCAACAAUGAUGAGGGAGAAGCCUAAAGAGAAUGUAUUUGCUAGCCUUGGUGUCAGGCCUAAACCAACGUCACACCCGCAUUUCCGUAAAGACCACCAGGAAGAAAGGCUGAGCAACAGCAGUAAAAUGACCUCCAAGGAGGAUGAGCGAGUUCGUCGUCACAUCCAUACUCAUCAUCAUUUUCAUUCAUCAGAUGAUAGGCAGAAAUUUCCACCUGAAAGGGAUGGAAACAUAGGUAAUAGGAUCUCAAAGGCAUCGCAUACACUAACCUGUCCACCGCCUGCGAACGAUAUGGAUGAACAACCGAUGCCUUCAAGGUAUUCCCACUCAUUGCAGUACUCAGACAAUCCUAGAGAUAUGGAUCAGGAUGAUGUCAGUUCAAGACUGCGCCAGUCCUUACCACUACCAAGGCAUACAGCACGGACUAAAAGUAGACCAGUCGGUUACAAUUUGAGGAGCCACAGACAG